AUGAAGUGGUUCGAGGGGUCUGUAAGCACAGCAAUUCAAGUCUCACGUAGAAACAAUGCCCUUUUUGUUGUUUUCAUUGAAAGUAAGAAUGGAAAGGGUGAAAAGAUGCGUGAACUAUGGGACAAAAUUGAACCUUCGUUGUUUGACUGCCCAUUCGUUGGGAUCCACCUAAUGGAAGGUGACGAAGCAGCAGAACAAUUUGCUCAGAUAUAUCCAACCCCAGUGCUUCCCGCUUCUUACGUAAUAGAUAGUUUGGGGAAACCAAUCGAAAUCAUCACUUUUCUAAAAGAUCUUGAUUAUGACGAGUUUUUCUGUAAACUCAACAAUGCUGCAAAGGCGUUCGUUGCUAGCAGAAAAUCAGUUAACAAUGUAUCGUCAUCACAAAACUCAGGCGAUGUUCAGCGUCAUGAGGCUCCAAGCACAUCUGCACAAGCGAGUUCGUCGAACACUAUCGAUCACGGACUUUCAUUGCAAGAAAAAGUAGAAAGGGCCAAAAAACUGUUAGAGCAAAAGAAAAAGGCAGAUGAGGAGGCGAAAAAACUUGAAGAAAAGGAACGUGAGCUUGAAAGGAUCAACUCUGGAAAAUUAAUGCAAGAAGCGCAGAAAAGGCGAGAGGAACAGGAACUUAUUGAAGCAGCAGCUCAACGUCGCCGCGAUAAGAUCGAGGCCGAGAAGGAACGGGAGAGAGUGAAGGCUCAGAUUAAAGCGGAUAGAGAAGAGCGGGAAUUUCGAGAACGGCGUGGAAAACCGAUAGAUUUAGCGCCCGCCGGUGAUAUGCCAGCUGAACUUCCUAAGAUGGAACCUGUGCCAAGCGAUAGAUGUCGUGUCCAAGUUCGUCUUCCCAGUGGCGAAAAUAUCGUGGAAGAGUUCCCUUCCAGCGAUUGCCUUAACACAUUGAUUGAAUUAAUUGAGCAGGAUGGCCGUGUGAGUGGUCCGUUUUCUAUCGCGCAAGUUUAUCCACGUAAAGUGUUCAGCGAAGAGGAGCUGCAGAUGUCAUUCCUUGACCUUUGCCUUACGCCCACCUGCACCCUUUUGGUUCUUCAGUCGCGUCAGAAAACCGCCCAAAUUAUCGCUGCCAGUCCGCUGGGAGGGAUUCUCUCUCUUUUUUCUAUUAUCUUUAUUGCUCCUCUUCAAUACUUCUGGAAUGUGAUAGCUGGAUAUUUGGGAUGGAAUUCAGGUUCCAAUACACGCUCUGCUAACCAGAGUCAACAAAGUGAAGCGAAACGUCAGCGUGAGCCGCAUUCAACUGGGGCGACAGUCCGCAGACGAGGUAACGUGACAAGACUGCACAAUACUAACGAUGACUCUGAUGACGAAAAUGCGAAUUGGAAUGGUAACUCUACGCAAUUCCUAUGA